AAUGUUGGUACAAUAGUAUUUAGAAACAAAAUGCGCGGGAACAAAUCCUGUUUUAUUUCUUAAGAUUAUUUCUUUGGGAAAGUUCAAGGUAAAAGAAUUAUGCAGGCAUUUCUAAAAACUGGCAAAUUAGGGCCUGGUGAGCCUAAAAAAGUUUCAACUUCACGUUCGAAGGAAGAACAUAGUGGUUCUGCAACGCCAUGGGUUGAGAAAUACCGACCAAGAACUGUAGAAGACGUUGUUGAACAAGCAGAAGUAGUAGAGGUAUUGCGACAAUGUUUAACAGGUGGAGAUUUUCCAAAUCUAUUAUUUUAUGGCCCACCUGGUACUGGUAAAACAAGUACUAUAUUAGCCGCGGCUAGACAAUUAUUUGGUAGCCUUUACAAAGAAAGACUAUUAGAAUUAAAUGCUUCUGAUGAAAGAGGUAUCCAAGUUGUAAGAGAUAAAAUCAAAUCUUUUGCACAACUUACAGCAGGUGGUAUGAGAGACGAUGGGAAAGGUUGUCCACCUUUCAAAAUUAUUAUCUUAGACGAGGCAGAUAGUAUGACUAAUGCUGCACAAGCUGCACUUCGUCGUACUAUGGAAAAAGAAUCUCAUAGUACCCGGUUUUGUUUAAUUUGUAACUAUGUAUCGAGAAUCAUAGAACCUUUGACUUCUCGUUGUACAAAAUUCAGAUUUAAACCAUUGGGAGAAGAUAAAAUUGUUGAAAGAUUAGAAUAUAUAUGUAAAGAGGAGGACUUGAAGGCAACGAAGCCUGUCCUAUUAAAAAUUGUCGAAGCCUCGGGUGGAGAUUUACGACGCGCUAUAACGUGUUUGCAGUCCAUUACAAGGUUGAAAGGCAAAGGCAUCGAUAUUACUGUUGAUGAUAUCAUUGAAAUUAUUGGGAUUGUACCUGAUAAAUGGUUGGAUGAUUUAAUGAAUGUAUGCAAGACAAAAGAUUAUAGCAAGGCAGAGGAAUUUAUUGAUCAAUUUAUGUUAGAAGCAUAUGCUACAUCUCAAGUUAUUGAGCAGCUCAGUGAAAGAAUUAUAUAUUCCAAUGAAUUAACAGAUAAGCAGAAAACUCUCAUUGCAGAUAGACUGGGGGAAUGUAAUUAUAGGUUGCUAGAUGGUGGAAGUGAAUAUAUACAACUUAUAAAUCUUUGUUGCGGUAUUAUAAAAGCUUAUGAAUUAGAAUAAAAGUUGUUUUUUCAAAUGUAUUAAUAAAUAUUUAUUACUUUUUCUA